GCUUGUUUUCUGUGAGCUUGUAAUUUUUCUCAGUAGACAGAUCAAUAAUUUUUCCACGAGUAUUUUGGAGCGCGUUAAGUACUCUACGUAUACUGUUCAUCAAUUACGAAAAGUACAUGUGCCGUUUGUAGCCUGUAGCGUUUUGUGAAGUACAUGUUUUUUUGUCCCAUCCGAUAAAAUCUCUACAUGUAUACUCUGUAACUUUGUAAAAGAGACUAUUUGAAUUUUCGACGGUUUUUCAAUAGUUUCUACAUAUUGUGAUCUCCAGUGAAAGUGUUAGUCAUUUAUAAUUUCUGUGGUGAUAGUUAUUUAUAAUUUCUAUGGGAAGGACGACCGAAGGCAGCGAAGUGCUCACUUUCACUAUUUCGUUAUCUUAAUCAGUAUAACUUUUGUGAUAUAAUAUUUUUUGUGAAGGAACGACGAGGAAUAACAAUAGCGUUUGCUGUAAUGUAAUGUGAUGCUCCUCCCGAUAAUAGCCCUGACAGCAGUAAUGGACCACGAAAAAACUAUUUGGAUAAAAGAGGAAACAAGUGAGAUAUCAAGUUCACCAGGCUCCAUUGUCCAGGUAUACCCCUCUAGUGUGGAAAUAAAGGAAGAACCACAGGAGACUGGGAAUCAAGAGUUACUUCAAGAUCGAUUAAAAAUGGAGGCUCCAUUUUACAACACAGAGGAAGAUCCAGGACUAAAAUUGAAUGCGAGUCUCUCUGAACAUAGUAUGUCCAGCAAUCCCGAAUAUGAUCCUUUGGGAGUUAAGAUGGAGGAGGUGGAAGCGUCAACAAGAUAUGCAUCUGAUAGUGCAAGAUUGACACAGACUACUGGUGGGAGCUGUGGCAUAUCAUGUGAAGAAAUUCGUCACCAUGGGCUGGUCCAGGAUGAGUCGGUGAUAGACGAGGAGAAGUCAACACAUGAGUUUGGUACAGAAAAUGUGACUAUAGAUGAGGAAUGCUCAGUUGCCUCCCAAUAUGACUGUAGUAAGAGGGAAAAGGAAUUACAUCUAUAUAGCUGUGAUUUCUGCCAACAGAACUUUCCUUCAAAAUACAGACUCAUAAUGCAUGUGUUUAUGCACAUUGAUGGCAUGCAACCACCUUUGUAUGUUUGUAAGUGGUGUGGUGAGGUAUUUCACAGUAAGGUUAGUUUGGAAACACAUUUGAGAAUGAGAGAGAAUUAUCAUGUCUUAACUGCUGGCCGCCAUGAAAAAUAUGGCUAUAGUGAUGAGCAUCAAAGCAGUAUCUUCUUGGAUAGUGAGCCAGAAGUUUCUGUUACAGAACACAUUGAACAGCCUUCAUAUAAUGAAACUUGGAAAAUUUCAAAGAAGGCCUAUAAUGACAUGUGUAACACACACAUAACAAAUGAUGCAGAGAAAACAAGGGCUUAUGGAAUUUUAUCUACAGCUGUUAAUGUCAGUGCCCAGGCUGAUCUACAUAUCGCAAAUAGAACCGACAAAUGUGGUAUGUGUGACAAAUGGUUUGCUAGGUCAGGCGAUCUGAUGACACAGGCCUUAAUUCACACUGGAAAGAAACCUCACAAAUGUGAGAUUUGUGGGAAAUCUUUUACUGUGUUAGGCAAUCUCAAGAAGCAAACAUUAAUUCACACUGGAAAGAAACCUCACAAAUGUGAGAUUUGUGGAAAAUGUUUUGCUAGAUCAGAUUGUCUGAAGACUCAUUUAUUAAUUCACACUGGAAAGAAACCUCACAAAUGUGAGAUUUGUGGAAAAUGUUUUGCUAGAUCAGAUUGUCUCAAGAUUCACAUAUUAAUUCACACUGGAAAGAAACCUCACAAAUGUGAGAUUUGUGGAAAAUGUUUUGCUACAUCAGGUUGUCUCAAGACCCACGUAUUAAUUCACACUGGAAAGAAACCUCACAAAUGUGAGAUUUGUGGAAAAUGUUUUACUACAUCAGGUUAUCUCAGGACUCACAUAUUAAUUCACACUGGAAAGAAACCCCACAAAUGUGAGAUUUGUGGCAAAUGUUUUGCUACAUCAGGUUAUCUCAAGACUCAUGUAUUAAUUCACACUGGACAGAAAACCCACAAAUGUGAGUUUUGUGGAAAAUGUUUUGCUACAUCAGGUUGUCUGAAGACUCAUGUAUUAAUUCACACUGGAAAGAAACCAUACAAAUGUGAGAUUUGUGGAAAAUGUUUUACUACAUCAGGUUAUCUCAAGACUCAUGUAUUAUUUCACAAUGGAAUGAAACCCCACAAAUGUGAGAUUUGUGGGAAAUGUUUUGCUACGUCAGGUUAUCUCAAGACUCAUGUAUUAAUUCACACUGGAAAGAAACCCCACAAAUGUGAGAUUUGUGGGAAAUGUUUUGCUGCAUCAGGUUAUCUCAAGAAUCAUGUAUUGAUUCACACUGGAAAGAAACCUCACAAAUGUGUGAAAUGUGUGAAAUCUUUUGCUAGGUCAGCGAAUCUCAAGAGGCAUCUAUUAAUUCACACUGGAAAGGAACCUCACAACUGUGAGAUUUGUGGGUAAUCUGUUGCUAGGUCAGGCACUCUCAAGAUGCAUGUAACAAUUCACACUGAAAAGAUACUUCACAAAUGUGAGAUGUGUGGGAAAUCUUUUGCUGAGUCAGGCGAUCUCUAGAAACAGGCUUCAUACACACCUAGAAAAGACCUCACAAAUGUGAUAUUUGUGGCAAAUCAUUUGCUAGGUCAGGUGAUCUCAAGACACAUGCAUUAGUCCACAUGGGAAGGGGACCUCACAAAUGUGAUAUUUGUGACAAAAGUUUCACUCAGUUGGGUACUUUCAAGACACAUGCAUUACGUCACAUCAGAAAGUAACUACAAGUUAGUGUUAGUUUAUGCAAAUAGAUUUUCCUGGUUGGUGCCCUCAAGGCCUAUAAAAUAAUGAAUGUAGUAGGGGGACAAUGAAUUGUAAUGCCUGUGAAAUAACAUUAAAGUGUGGUAGAAUUGUGAAAAAAGUGCAAUAAUGUGUACUAUAUUGAGGUAACAGAUAAUGUGACAAUAUAAAAAUCCCUAUCUGCAGCUUGAGAUGUUAAGAAAUUGUAUUACUAAAUACUCCAGAAACAUGAAUCAAAUGUGUUUUUGUCAUUAACGCUGCUGCUUUUUCCUAUCGAUCUUGAGACAAGAAGAUUGUGAAUUGUGAUAAAUCCUUACCUUUGUCAAUAGCUAUAAUUACCACACAAUAUUCAGUAUAAGGCCAAGGAAAUGUGAUGACUUGCUGCUUAUUAUUCCAAACAUAGUCAUUAUGUAGUAAUUGUAACUCUGCAUUUGAGAAAGUGACAGCAAAAAUAUAUUCAUGGCACUUCCUUCACUGAAGCUAGUAAACUCAACACUGGAGAAACAUGAUUAUGGCAAUUAUUUUACUCAGGUAUUUUGCC